UUUAAGCAAAUUUUGCAACCAUAUACCAUAUCAUCUGUUAACGAUGUAAGAGGGUUGAAAGUAUUUAUGGAUCUCGCAAUAGGAAAAGACUUGUACACGGAACAUCCGCGUUUCAGGUUACGAAGAUUAUAUUCAAAUGAGAAAUUGUUUCGAGGAAGCACCGGAUUUGGAUGAUGGAGGCUUCCGAAACUUCCGGCAACGCUGAAGAGGAUUGGAAAGUGUAUCAGAUGCUCUGCAAGGAAAUCGAAAUGGAUACGAGCGACGUUGAUGUAACCACAUCCUUGCGCAGCGAGGUAGCAGCCCUUCAAUUUAAACGCGAUCGGCUCGCAGAAGAACUGAACGAUAUGAAGUGCCAGAUGAGAACCAGGGACCAACGGUGUCUGGAUCUGCAAACAGAGGCAGAUCAAUUGAGGGAGCAGUCUGCUCGUCAAAAUGCUAUCAUUUCAUCUCUUAAAAAACGAAUUUGCGAGAUGGAAGAGCGCGAGCGAAAUCUGUACGCGGCACAAGGCAGAAACGAGAUUAGCGUUCAAUCCAUACAAAGGGACUGCAGGUAUCACGAGGACAGAGCAAAAGAGUUGGAAAAGAAGUUGAGGGUAGUCGAAUUGGAUUUGAAUAGCGAGGAACAGAAAAAGGACAAUGCGCGUAUGACAUUGCAGGAUUUAAUCAGACGGUUGAGCAUAUCUUUGGGAUGUGAAGUAUGCGAUGGGUCAUCAUCUGAAACCCUAAUCCAUAAAGCCAACGAAUUAAUGCAGGAAUUGAGUCGAUUGCGGUCGCGUUCUUGCACAACGAACGAUGCCUUGGCUGCGGCUGAAAUUGAAUUGCGGUCGUGUAAGGAUAAUUUUGAACGGAUUUUGGGGGAGAAGGAAUGUUUGGAAAGGCAAUCGGCCGGUCACUUAUUGGAAAUUGAUCGUUUGCGUGAAAGCAAAGAAACGCUCGAGAUGCAAUUGAGGGUUCUCGAACGGGAGCUGAGUGAGAUGAAGGAGAAAUUGGCUUCAUCUACUCGUAGCCUUGGAUCUGCGAGUGGGAACAUCGCGCAACAGGAAUCAAUUAUUUGUCAAUUAAAAGAUGAACUUAAGCAAAAAGAGGAUAAGUGUCAAAGACUGCAGCACGAGAAUCGUCACGUGCUAGAAUCAUUGUCCAUUCUUUUAAGCAGUCCGGCUCGUUUCGUCGAAUCGCUGGAAAACUCGAUUAAGGACCGAAUACGGGAAAUCCUAACAGAAAACAAGGACAAAUCGGCGCAAAUUGAAACGCUGCGAGAGAAACUGGCGCAAGAUUCGCAAACGUUGACCAGGCAGCUGACUUUGAGCGAUCAGGCGAACAACAGAAUCCGAAUAUUGGAAGAGGAGCGGAAUUUAUACGAGACACGUCUGAAUAAAGCGGAAACGGAAAUUAGCACUUGCGAGCUCUCCAGGGAGGGAUUAAAGCGGGAUAAAAACACGUUCAUGUCAUUUUUGGAGAGAUUAGGAAGGAUUCUUAACAUGGAGGAAAUAUCCAACGACGUCGGCGUCGAUUUGCACACUGAAUCGCUUCUGCUGAGAGCGGAACAAUUGUCACGUCUGGAAAGUGAUAAAUUGGUCGAUAAGCUGCUUUGUUGCGGAUACGGAACGUUACCACGUUUAUGUCGGCAGCGUUCUUUUCACGAUUUGCGUGACACUUCUCUAGUUUAUCAACUGCAAAGGCGCGUCAGGACGUUGCGGGAGCAAGUACAAAGGAAGGAUUUGCAUUUGGAUUUGCUGAGGAGGAAGUUAUCCUUGCAGGAAGACAGCGCGAAAACCAAAUGCUUGAUGCAAAGCGAGCGCGACGAAGCUAAUCUUCGGAUAAAGAAACUCGUAAAGCAAGUGGAUAGAUUACAGCUGCAGUUAUCCGAUACGAAAUCUCAAGUUCGCGAUCUUAACGCCCAACUGGCAGAAGCCGCCGACUAUAAAAUAACUGCUUUAGAACGUGGCCGGAAAAUUGAGGAGCUUCAAAAGAGAUUAAUUGAAUCAGAAACGUUGCGGACAAAGUACAACAGGAAAGUUACUCUCUUGAAAGACCAAGUCAGGACAACCGGGGAAACCAUCGAGCAGGAACGAAAUAUAAGCGAUCAUUCGUUACAUCUGUUGCGCGAUGAACUCGGCAGGAUUAAGGACAAUUUGUGCGAAAUCAGUAGACGCGAAGCUCAGCUGCAAAACUUCAAAGGUUCUGUGGCUAAGAUUUUAGGUGCAGCGCUUCCAAUACCAGAUUAUGAGCUCAUCACUAGGUUACAGAAACUUGUUGAUGCACAUCAUGACUAUACGUUGGUUUCUCGGCGUUACGAUGACCCUGUCUUAAGGUUAACUGCUCGCAGUCCUACUGGAGGAAGUCGUUGCACAAGGACCCCUGACAGAUCUCGGUACGAUGAUUCUGGCUACACAGAUGCAGCCGACAUUAUUGAUGACAUUGAUGAUGACCUUUUUAAGACGAGACAAACAAGACCAUGCAUUUGACACAGGUGACUUCCGAAAACAUAGUGUUCCAUUACAUAUUAAGAACAUUACUUCAGCACCAAAGUCAUUUGUAUUAUUAUAGUAUCGCACUAAUAAGAUACAUAGUUGUGUUCAUUUUUCUCUAACAUGUAAUCCGAUAUUGAGUAAAAUACUAUUCUAUUAUUAUAUAAUUAUAAAUAAAUAUA